AAUUUCCAUUGGGGAUUCACAAAGGAUCGCAGCGGAUGUGGUGGAACAUAAAAUCAUUUGUGGCGUCUCUUCUUAAGUGUUUUUCGCAGUGAGGCAAGAGAGGUUUUUCUUUCAUCCUAUUUCUCCGCAUCAAAGACUGUUGCCUCUGGGGCUGACCUGAAUCUUUUAUAGAAAAGAGGGAGAUAAGAAGUGAUGGAAUCAGCAGGUGCAGAGGAAAUAAGGAACCCCCUCAUUCCAAGGAAAGGAAACAAGGAUUCCAGCUCGAGCGCACCAUGCUCGGAAGAGGAACAACGAAACUCCUUGGAUUUCGGUGUCGACAAUUCUCCCAUCGAGCAGGUAGCUUUGACAGUACCGAUCACCGACGACCCCACCCUCCCCAUUUUGACCUUCCGGAUGUGGGUUUUGGGAACACUAGCAUGUGCGCUGCUGUCGUUCCUCAAUCAAUUCUUCUGGUACAGAAAGGAGCCAUUGUCGAUCACGUCGAUAUCAGCACAGAUAGCCGUGGUGCCGCUUGGACACCUGAUGGCAUCAACCAUCACGGAUCGGGUGUUCUUCAAGAAGAGCCGAUGGGAAUUUACACUGAAUCCCGGGCCAUUCAAUAUUAAGGAGCACGUACUGAUUACAAUCUUUGCCAACUCGGGAGCAGGGAAUGUUUACGCUAUUCACAUCGUCAGUGCUGUUAAACUCUUCUACAAGAAGAAUCUCACCUUCCUCGUUUCCUUGCUCGUUGUCAUAACCUCACAGGUUUUGGGGUUUGGGUGGGCGGGGUUGUUUCGACGGUACCUGGUGGAGCCGGCGGCGAUGUGGUGGCCGCAUAAUCUAGUUCAGGUAUCUCUCUUCAGGGCAUUGCAUGAGAAGGAGCAGAAGCCCAAAGGUGGAUUGACACGGAACCAAUUCUUCCUUGUAGCCUUCAUGUGCAGCUUCGCUUACUAUGUCUUCCCCGGCUAUCUCUUCCCCAUGCUCACCUCCCUCUCCUGGAUAUGUUGGAUAUUCCCCGCUUCCAUCUUGGCCCAACAGUUAGGUUCAGGACUCCAUGGGCUGGGGCUUGGGGCCUUGGGUUUUGAUUGGUCCAGCAUCUCCUCCUACCUUGGGAGCCCACUCGCUAGUCCAUGGUUUGCUACCGCCAACGUUGCUAUGGGCUUCGUCCUCAUUACAUAUGUCAUCACUCCAAUUGCUUACUGGCUCAAUCUUUACAAGUCCAAGAGCUUCCCCGUAUUUUCUGAUAACCUAUUCACAUCUACGGGCCAAAGAUAUAACAUCUCAGCUAUCAUAGAUCCCAAUUUUCAGCUUGAUAUCAAAGCAUACGAGCGCGAGGGGCCUCUAUAUCUCAGCGCUUUCUUCACAAUGACUUAUGGCGUUGGCUUUGCCUGUCUCACUGCCACAGUUGUCCAUGUCUUCCUCUUUCAUGGGAGAGAAAUAUGGCAACUGAGCAAGUCAGCUUUCCAAGAGCAGGGGAUGGACAUCCACACCAGACUCAUGAUGAAGUACAAACAAGUCCCGCAGUGGUGGUUCAUAUGCCUUCUCUGCCUAAACAUUGCUGCCACAAUCUUCACUUGUCAAUACUACAAUGAUCAGCUUCAGCUACCAUGGUGGGGAGUCUUAUUAGCAUGCGCCCUCGCCAUUUUCUUUACUCUUCCCAUUGGAGUCAUCACUGCAACCACAAACCAGACACCAGCCUUAAAUGUCAUUACAGAGUAUAUAAUUGGGUAUCUGUACCCUGGACGUCCAGUGGCCAAUAUAUGCUUUAAGGUCUAUGGGAACAUCAGCAUGAAACAGGGGAUCACAUUCUUACAAGACUUCAAGCUUGGGCAUUACAUGAAGAUUCCACCACGAGACAUGUUUAUGGCGCAGGUUGUGGGAACUCUAGUCUCUGCAGUGGUACACUUGGGAACAGCAUGGUGGCUAAUGGGUUCCAUUCCAAACAUUUGUGACAGAGCCCUACUUCCAGCCGGCAGCCCAUGGACCUGCCCGAGCGACCAUGUAUUCUACGAUGCUUCGGUCAUUUGGGGCCUGAUAGGGCCACGCAGAAUUUUUGGAGAUCUUGGUCACUACUCAGCCAUCAACUGGUUCUUCUUAGUCGGUGCCGUUGCUCCUAUAUUAGUUUGGGUUGCACACAAGGCCUUCCCUCACAGGCAUUGGAUUAAGCUCAUUACCAUGCCGGUUCUCCUAGGUGCCACCGCCAGCAUGCCUCCGGCCACGGCCGUCAACUACACCAGUUGGAUCGUAAUAGGAUUCGUCUCGGGCUUUAUUGUAUACCGGUACCACCGUGACUGGUGGCGACGGCACAACUAUGUGCUUUCUGGCGCACUUGAUGCAGGACUGGCCUUCAUGGGGGUCUUGUUGUAUUUGUGCUUGGGGAUGGACCACGUUAGCCUCGAUUGGUGGGGAAGCAACCUUGAUGGCUGCCCCUUGGCCUCUUGCCCCACGCAGAAAGGAAUUGAAGUCCACGGCUGUCCAGUUUUCUGAUUCGAUCGAAAUUUCCCCAACAAAUUAGUUUUUUUUUUUUUUUGUUUGACUUCAACUUCCUCUGUUAAUUCUGUGUGGUCAACAUUCAUUGGUGUAAGAUUGUAAAUGAUUUGUUACAAUGAUUUCUUUUGAAUGUUUAUGUCAGCA